ACCACGCUUCCGAACCGGAGCAUCAAGCUUAUAUAGUUUACGCAAUCUCAACUCAAAUGCAUACCAACCAGCUCUCAUCAUGUCUUCCAUCAAAACCGUCGGUGUCAUCGGUGCCGGGCUGAUCGGCGCCAGCUGGACCGCCCUGUUCCUUGCCAAAGGCCUCCGAGUUAUCGUGACCGACCCAGCGCCAGGAGCGGAGGCCAAACUCCGUGACUAUUUGCAGGAGUAUUGUUCCGCGGUUCCAAAUGCUACCUGCUCACUAGAUGCCUGCAUGCAAAACUACACCUUCGUCACCGACAUCGACCCUUAUCUAGAAACUAUCGACCUGAUCCAAGAAAACGGCCCAGAACGACUAGACAUCAAACGCCAACUCUUCGCCCACCUCGACGCCCACACCCCGGAGCACAUCAUCAUCGCAUCCUCCUCAUCCGGCCUCCCCUCUUCACAAUUCAUCACCGACUGCAAGAGAAAUCCCUCCCGGAUCCUCAUCGCCCAUCCGUUCAACCCUCCGCACUUGGUUCCCCUGGUGGAAAUCGUUCCUCAUUCCGCGACAGGGGAGGAAUACAUCACGGCAGCUCGGGAGUUCUACCUCAGUUUAGACAAAGAUCCAAUUGUUGUGAAACAGGAAACUCCGGGCUUCAUUGCGAAUCGUCUUCAGGCGGCGGUGUGUGCGGAGGCGUAUAGUCUUGUGUCGAGGGGGGUUGUGUCUCCGGAGGACUUAGAUAAAACCAUCACGUCUGGCCUGGGUCUGCGAUGGGCACUCACCGGGCCGAUCAUGACGAAUACGCUGGGCGGCGGGGGCGACUUUGGGCAUUUCAUCAGUCAUCUGGGGCCGGCGUUGAGGUGCUGGUUGGAUGAUAUGCAGGAGCAUCGGUUUGAUCUGGGUUCGAGGGAAAGGGUGGAUGCGCUGAAGGACAUAGUAGAUGGGUGGGUUAAGAAUGUGGAUUUGAAGAAGGUCGAGGCGAAUCGGGACGAGUUGUUGGCUGAAUUGGUUGCCAGGAAGUUGGUUGCUCUGGAGAAGUAGGAAGAAUAUGAUUUAAUCCAGAGAUGUGUCCCUUAC